AUGGAGGAUGAGAGUUUUACUCAUAUGUGUCAUGAACACCCGCUGAGUCUGAUCCCCGACUCGGACCGGAAAGAGAGUUACCGUUACCGGUCAUGGUGUUAUGGUUGUGGGAGAUACUUUUUACCCGGAGAUGCAACCUAUGGAUGCAGCCUCAAGUGUGGAUUUGACUUGUUGUUACACAAAGAAUGCAUGGAAAUGCCGAGAGAGAUUAUGCAUCCUAUCCAUCCCGCACACUCACUUGCAUUGCGUGCUACUUACGGAUUCAAAGAAUGUGCAAUUUGUAAAUGGGAUGGGAAAUGGCACUUAAACUACAGAUGUAGCCAAGGGAGUUGUGAUGGAUUCCUGAUCCAUUUGGGAUGCGCAGGUGGCCUUAACGAUAAGGAUUCAGCGCAGCCAGUAUUGAACCACCCAAGCCAUCCCCAACAUGAGCUACGAUUUUCCAAGAAAACGAGGUGGUGCCCAUUCCCAUGUGAUGCCUGCGGUGCCACUGAGAAAGGGGACUCCUACACCUGCACAAUUUGCGACUACUCCAUACACGAGAGCUGCGCACUCCUUCCUGCGUCUACGGAGUUCCCUCGUCAUCACCCUGCCCACUCUCUGUCCCUCGCCUUUGAUGUUCCAUCUGUGUACAUCGAAUAUCAAUUUGAGUGUGCUAUAUGCAACAAAACCUUGCCAUUGAGACGUUGGGUCUAUCAUUGCAACCUCUGCAGUUAUGUCGUCCAUACCAACUGCGCCAACUCCAUGUUUGAUAAUGAAAAUGCAAAUGCAAUUGAUGACGAGAAAGAGAUAACAACCACCAUUUUUCCAAUAGCAGUAGAUGACAUGUAUGAGGAGAUGAUCAGACCCUUUGUUAAGCGACAAAAAGAGCAAAUUCUCAUCCCUAGUGAUCAUGACAAUCACAACAUUGGUGGCAAUGAUGAAGAUUGCGAUUUCAACAUAGACAUCAAAUGUGCUUCUAUUCCCAACACCAUAAAACAUGCAGCUCACCCACGGCAUAAUCAUCUCAAGCUAGAGCUAGUCACAGAAGAUAAUAUCUGGGCUGAUGUAUGCGCUGGCUGUUUUAAGCUAAUAAGUCCAGUAUGGAGUAUUGUGGGACAAUACAGAUGCAGUGGCUGUAGGUUCAGUGUGUGCGCCAACUGUGUGAUGUUACCAGCAAGAAAUAAGCAUAGAUCGGAGAAGCACUUGUUGUCGUUGACAUAUGAUGCCUAUGUUAACCGUCCUGGUGACUUCUACUGCAGCAGUUGCGAAGAUCAAAUGAUCAAUCCUAGGAUGUGGAUGUAUCAUUGCCGAGACUGCGAUCAAUCCUUUCAUCCUGGAUGCUUUCCUGCUACAUCGGGUCAGUACAAAAACAUCAACUUUGGAACACAGCAGUAUGUGAUCUCCAGUUCUCAUGACCCUCACCACCGUCUUAGAUUUCAAAUCAUAACUAAGAAGAAGAGAUGUGAUCUAUGCCAUCAUGAUAGUUAUCGGAUCUCUGAUUGGCGCACAUAUUAUCAUAAGUCUGGAUUGUAUGAUGGGGCUGGAUUUCAAUGUGAGUCAUGCUUCUUUGUCGCAUGUAUACCAUGUGGUGUGAAACACAUUGAGGAUGCACAUGCCAUCUGA